CAAUAGGGACCUCUGGUGUGUAGAAAUGUAAUAACAGUCCAGCCUAUAGAACAACUUUACAUUAUCAUAUGUGUGUAUACAUUCACAAGUUUUUUUGUUGGUGCAUAAAAUAGAUUAACAACUGAAAUCACCCCUGCUUUACAUCAUUUUUACUUAUUAUUUUGGUUACGUCACACGUCAAGGGGCGUGGUUAUUUUGGAUACGAAUCUGUGGUAUUUCUACCCUCCCAUUUUGGCAGUCACAUGGGCUGUCUCUGCCCUCCCGUGACACUUCUGAACAAAUAACAGGGGGACGAGGCGUGCCAUGGCUGCUGUGUUGUUAUUGGGCAGCACAUCUUUCACAGCAUCCAAACUCCGGGGACAGCUCAGCUCCGUCCGCCGGCCUGCUGCGGCCACAUCUGUCUGUCCACUGCGCAUCUGACCCGGGACAUCUGCUGCCAAACACAUCCAGCUGAACCGCGCAGAGACAGCGCAGCAUCUGAAGGAGCUUUCAAAGCAGGAAGUGGAUCAAACUGUGUCGGGGCGGAUCAGCGAACAAAUAGACUAAUCCUACGAAACUCUCCUCACCAACCAUGUCAAACGAACGCACCCCUCUGAUCAACACAGGAGUGUGUGGUCUGAGUGUGACCGCAGUGGCAUGUGGCGUUGCGUCGGACGGCAGCCCCGAGUCCAACUCUGAGCCACCGAAUAAAGACCCUCGAAGACUGAACACUUUUUUCGGAGUGAUGGUGCCAACCAUCCUCUCCAUGUUCAGCAUUGUACUGUUUCUGAGAACUGGCUUUGUGGUUGGUCAUGCGGGGCUGUUACAGGGUCUUUCAAUGGUGAUUGUAGCCUACACCAUCAUAUCUCUUACAAUACUGUCCAUCUGUGCCAUCUCCACCAACGGUGCUAUACAAGGCGGUGGAGCCUACUAUAUGAUCAGCCGGUCGCUGGGCCCAGAGUUUGGAGGAAGCAUCGGUUUGAUGUUCUUCUUGGCCAAAGUGUGUGCAUGUGGAGAGUAUGUUCUUGGUCUUGUGGAGGCCAUACUUGAUGUAUUUGGUUCAGAUCCUGAGUCACCUGUGUCUGAUGGGGUGCGGGUGCUUCCUCAGGGUUACUGGUACACGGUGCUAUACUCUGCAGUAGUCCUGCUGCUGUGCCUGCUUGUUUGUCUGGUGGGCGCUCAUAUCUACUCCCGCACCGCCUUCAUCAUCCUGCUGGUGGUCACUGUAUCACUGCUGUCCAUCUUCAUCAGUUCUGUGGCGGUCAAACCUUUGGAUUUCGUCAUCACCCACCAGGGUCCUGGCAACCAGACCCUCCGCUACAACGCCAGCUACACAGGCUUCAGCGCUACCACGCUGAGGAACAACCUGGGCUCUGGCUACUCUCUGGACUACAGCACCAACUCUGUCAUGUCUUUUGCCACUGUGUUUGCCGUCAUGUUCACCAGCUGCACUGGAAUCAUGGCCGGAGCCAAUAUGUCAGGGGAGCUGAAGACUCCAAGUGUCUCCAUCCCCAAAGGCACCAUCGUAGCCGUCUUUUACACGUUCGUAGUCUACGUCCUCCUCUUCAUCUUGGUCAGCGCCACAUGUGACAGGACUCUGUUGAUUCAGGAUUAUGGCUUCCUCCAGCGAAUAAACAUCUGGCCUCCGUUUGUCAUCAUUGGGAUAUACUGCGCCUCUCUGUCAGCUGCAAUGUGCUCUAUGAUCGGAGCGUCCCGUAUCCUGCAUGCUCUUGCUCUGGAUAAACUCUUUGGUUUACCGUUAGCCCCAGCUGCUAUCACAUCAAGCUCGGGGAAUCCGUGGGUGGCGGUGCUUUACACUUGGGGUCUGGCGCAGUGUGUGGUGUUUGCAGGCCAGCUCAAUGCUAUUGCAAGUUUGGUGACUGUUUUCUACUUGCUCGCCUACGCUGCAGUCGACUUGGCCUGUUUGGCUCUCGAAUGGGCGUCAGCACCAAAUUUCAGACCGACCUUCCAGCUCUUCUCCUGGCACACCUGCUUACUGGGGAUUCUGAGCUGUUUAGUGAUGAUGUUCGUCAUUAACCCUGUGUACUCAUCGGGCAGCAUCGUCCUGCUGUUAGUGCUGCUGCUUUUCCUUCACUACAGAUCGCCCACCAGCAGCUGGGGCUACAUCAGCCAGGCUCUCAUUUUCCAUCAGGUGCGCAAGUAUCUGUUGAUGCUGGAUGUGAGGAAAGACCAUGUGAAGUUCUGGAGGCCACAGGUGUUGUUAAUGGUGGCUAACCCUCGCUCUUCCUGUCAGCUCAUCCUGUUUGUCAACCAGCUGAAGAAGGGAGGGCUGUAUGUGUUGGGCCAUGUGCAGCUGGGAGAUCUGGAUUCCCUGCCGUCAGACCCGGUCCAACAGCAGUACAACUUCUGGUUGAGCCUAGUUGAUAAACUCGGGGUGAAGGCCUUUGUAGACCUGACGUUGUCUCCUUCUGUCAGACAAGGAACUCAGCAUCUGCUGCGCAUCACAGGCCUGGGUGGCAUGAAACCCAACACGCUGAUCUUGGGUUUCUAUGACAGCAGCACUCCGGAGGACUUCUUCUUACAAGAUACUGCGUUCUGUGACGCAUCAAUAGGACAAGGCAGCGAGGGUGAAUAUAAUUUUGGUGUUGACCUGCCUUCAUUACAGGCUCAUUUCCCCCCAGUCCGACACGUUGAGAGCCCACGCUGGCUAUCACCAGAGGAGUACGUCGGGAUCAUUUCUGAUGCCAUUAAAAUGAACAAGAAUGUGUGCCUUGGCCGAUAUUUCUUCCAGUUGGAGGGAGAGGGUAAAGAUAGCAAGGUCGACGGGUCAGAGCGGACGAUAGAUGUGUGGCCUCUCAACCUGCUUCAGCCAGGCAGCCGUGAUUAUGAGGAUGUGUGCAGCCUCUUUUUGCUGCAGAUGGCCUGUGUGCUCAACAUGUCCAACAAAUGGCGCCAUGCAAGAAUGAGAAUCUUCCUGAAUGUGGAGACGGAGUCCAGUGACCAGGGCUGGGUGGUAAACGAAGAGACAUUUCGAGAGUUGCUGAAGAAGCUGAGAAUCAGGGCGUCCAUAAAGAUCGUGCCGUGGGACUCUGUGGUGCAGCACCACACUCAGCCUGAGGGCGGGCGCCCUGUAGAGCCGAACCAAGCUCUGUCCGAUGACUUUUUGUCCUCAGUGAACUGCUUGUUGAUGGAGCACAGCUCCCAAGCUGCUGUUCGCUUCCUGUAUUUACCUCGACCUCCUGCUCAUCACAGCCAGUCACAGCAGUACUUAACUCAGCUGGAAACGGUGACCAACGGUUUAGGGCCAACGCUGCUGAUUCACGGUGUCACCCCAGUCACAUACACUGAUCUCUGAGCAUGUGCAGUCAUAAGUUUUGUUUGUUAUAGCAUUUAUUAUUGCACAUGCAUAAAGCCUGAACUGACAGCUUACUUAAGUGCGCAUAAGUAUAAACUCUGGUUACAUGCAAAAUUAACACAUAAUGUAAUAAAAAAGUGGAUGCUAGGGUACAACACAGUAAGUAGCACCAGUCACUCAAAACUGUACUUCCACUUCAUACAGCUUUUUGUACUUUUUCUGUUGUUUUACUGAAGCUUAGAAAAGGACCACAGUUGAAUGCUUUUUAAAAAUACACCACUUGAGAUUUUGCAUUCAAAUAGGAUAUUUUCCUAUUUUCAAAUACUUGAACUGACUUGGUGAUUGAGCCAAGGAAUAGAGGAAUACUAACAUUUGUGUAUAUAAUUCAUGAUGAUAGAACUUCUUGUCAGCAUCAGCUCUAGGCCUGUCUUGAGAUAAAAAUGUAUCAAAGACUUCAGAACAAAUAGAAUUUGUUAUGAUCAUACGGGUUGUCUUGGACAUUAAAUAUAGAAAUGUCUAUAUAUAUUUUCAGGGAUAAAGUGAUGAAUUUGUGGUAUUUUGUGAUGGACCACAGUAAAAACAAACAUAUUUAGUUGUUCCCAAAUAGUAUUGUGUUAAUGGACAUGACCCUUUUUAACUUAAUUUUUUUGCUGCUUGCUUUUCCUUCAUUCUCACAUUUCUGCUGGUUGCUGGACCAAGUGACCCAAAGACUUUUUUUUCUGAGCUGAAGGGAGUUCUGAUUUUUGUUUUCCAUGCACUUAUGCAAACAUGUUUUCUUUUGCUGUUUAAAUGUGAAUCUCUAGGCUUCACAAAGGGAACAUUUUUGAACAUUUGACCUAAGAAUGAUGAACAGCAAAAAUACAUCCAAAGGAGUUAGACUGAUGGUUGGUUUGGAGGCAAUAAAGACCAUCAUAAUUCAGUCUCAGACAGGACCAGGACCAGGACCAGGACCAGGACCAACCCGGAUUCAGAUCAAGUCAAGAUUGUAACCAAAGCAAGGUGUCACAUUUCAUUUACUAUAUUUACAGAAUACAGAAUAUCAUGUCACUGAGUGUACAACACUGCAUGGACCUGUUUACAAAACACAACCAGGAAGUUGCGGAAAAAGCAUCUUGCAUGACUUGGCUUUGCCCUUUUGGCAUGAUCCAUCUUUGGUUGUUGAUAAUGGUCAAUGAGAAAGCCUUAAAUUACAGAUUCUUCUAUAUACUAAUGGUCAUUACUGUAGAUAAACUGCUGUUUAUCAUAGAAGUAAAUGUAUGCCAAAUGUACUAUGUAUCAUCAUCUUUGUAACUGUAACAUUGCAAAUUCCCAACAGGAAAUAUGUAUUUAAAAGAUUGCUUUAAUGCAAUAAAAGCCAAGACUGUGUCA